CAGCUACUCGCAUAUAUCAUGCUAUAUUUAAUGGUAUUAAACAUAAUUUCGUCAAUUUCAUCUUCAAAUUCAUUCAGUUAGCAUUAGCCUGAUAGCUGUUGCAUUCAAACACACGCUUUCAAACAGCGCCUCUCAUCGAUCUGCUGAUUUAAUCUCUUUUACUCUAAAAAAAAAUCCAACAUUAGACCUUUGUGACUAUCUGUGUUAUUAUAUUGAUUUCUUUUAGCGUUUACUGCUAGUAAGUCAUGCGUGUGUGAUUUGAUCAGAGUGUCGGUGUGUAUUUUUGUGGUUUGUCAGAAGCUAACAGGCUUUUCAUCUCAGACUAUUGACUUCUGCUUCAGAAAUGGAUUUAUUUGAUGAUCUUCCGGAACCUACAAAUGAUCCAGGUCCUGUGAAAGCCAAGCAGCCGGAGGAGGAGGAACGAGGAGAGAAGAGGAAGAGAGAGGUCAGCUCGCAGGACACAGAGGUGGAGGACAAGAAACAAGAGGAAAAGAAAGUUUGUAAAGCAGAUCUGCCGAAGCUGAUGGGUUUUGUCUCAGCGAGACGCGGCGAACGAGAGGAGAUGCAAGAUGCACACGUCCUGCUUCCAGACCUGACGGCCACCAACCUCCCCUCUCAAGUUUCUCGUCUUGCGUACUUCGCUGUGUUUGAUGGUCACGGUGGAGCUCGAGCAUCGCAGUUUGCUGCUGAGAAUCUUCAUCACACGCUGGUCAGCAAAUUUCCUAAAGGUGACGGGGAGAAUUUGGAGAAGCUGGUGAGGAAGUGUCUGCUGGACACCUUUCGUCAGACUGAUGAGGAUUUCUUGAAGAAAGCCUCCAGCCAGAAGCCCGCGUGGAAGGACGGCUCCACAGCCACAUGUAUGCUGGUGGUUGAUGAUGUUCUGUAUGUGGCAAACCUAGGAGACAGUAGAGCAGUGAUGUGUCGUUUGGAGCAGGCUGAGGAUUCUGGGAAGAGGAAGUGUGUGACUCUGGCUCUCAGUAAGGAGCACAACCCCACCACAUAUGAGGAGCGCAUGAGGAUUCAGAGAGCGGGCGGCUCGGUCAGGGACGGCCGUGUGCUGGGAGUGCUGGAAGUGUCUCGUUCCAUCGGUGAUGGUCAGUAUAAACGCUGUGGAGUGAUUUCCACUCCGGACGUGCGGCGCUGUCAACUCAGUCCAAAUGACAAGUUUGUUCUCUUGGCGUGCGAUGGGCUUUUUAAAGUGUUUUCUGCGGACGAGGCCGUUCAGUUCGUUCUCAACAUUCUAGAGAAUGAGACUGUGGAGCAGAAGGAGGGGCAGAGUGAGGGGGCGGGGCGAUUUGAGGCCGCUUGUCAGCGAUUGGCCAGUGAGGCAGUGAGGCGGGGCAGUGCAGACAACGUCACUGUCAUUCUCGUCUCUAUUGAGUUCUGAAAUCAUUACACACUCACACUCACACACACUCAUACUCACACACACACACACACACACACACA